AUGGAUCGCUCACGCCUACUGUGGCGAGCGCUGGCUCAGACACACCCAAAUCGCUCCGUAUCAACGAUAUCAAAGCAGACACAGCCGUGGGUCUGCACACAUUGUCUUCGGCAGAAACCUCAACUCCGCCCAUCGAACAUCCUCCGCCAGCAACGGCGACAUCAAUCCAAUCCCGCCGACCAGCCAGGAUUCACAUCCAUCGUCGAUAAUCCGCCAGUCCUCGUUCGCGCGGGCCGCAAACACAACAAGAUCGGCCUGCUCAUUCUGGCCACUAUUCCCGUAACGGCGUUCAUUCUAGGCUGCUGGCAGGUCCAACGUCUAGGCUGGAAAACGGACCUCAUAGCCAAAUUCGAAGAUCGUCUCAUUCGAGAUCCUCUCCCGCUACCGCCGCAAAUUGAUCCGGAUGCGAUCAAAGACUUCGACUAUAGAAGAGUGUAUGCCAAGGGACGAUACAGACAUGAUCAAGAGAUGUUGAUUGGGCCGCGAGUCCUGGAUGGAGAGGAUGGGUAUCUUGUCAUUACGCCUUUGGAUCGAACAGAUACGUUCGGGUCAAAGAAGAACUCCACAAUAUUGGUAUGUCGGGGCUGGAUACCUCGAGACAAAGCUUCGAAGAGCUCGAGGCCGGAAGGCCUGGUCGAGGGAGAGGUAGUCGUUGAGGGACUGCUAAGAGAACCUUGGAAGAAGAAUAUGUUCACGCCCGAUAAUCGGCCUCAGGAAGGCAAAUGGUACUUUCCGGAUGUAUAUCAGAUGGCGGAACAUACGGGCAGCCAGCCGGUCUGGAUUGAGGAGACGAUGAGACCGGACCUAUUGCUGAGCUAUGACAGAAGUGCGAAGGGAAUCCCAAUUGGUAUGUUUUGUCUCGGCGUUUCUGAAGGCAGAUUCUAAUACAGAUCCAGGACGACCCGCUGAGGUCAACUUGAGGAACAACCACACACAGUACAUUUUCACGUGGUUCUCGUUAUCUUUUGCAACGAGUAUCAUGAUGUGGAUGGUGAUUAAGAAGCCACCGAGCGGUAUGUCCAGGAGAGUCAGACAGAACACUCAGUGGUAA